AAAACGCAUCGGGUUCGGAGCAUUUUAAACUUUGCCUAGGGGACUACAACUUUUGAGUCCUGGGAGGAAACUUUUGUCUGGUUAAUAUUUUCAAACUUUUCCUAACUUUUUUUCCACUUGUUUCUCCUCCUCUCCCCCUUCGGUCCCAUUUUUCUCGAUCCGGGGUCCAUGCAGGUCGACUGCUCCCCCCCCGUGCCAGCUUCUCGUCCCCCGAAGCCGUUGCCGGCGUGUGGAGCCCGCCCCACGCCGGCCCCCUGCCAAACCACGGCCUUUACCUGCGUGUUCCAGUGUUUCCCCUGCGACCCGUCCUGUGGGAACGCCUCGUGGGCUAACCCCGAGUUCGCCCAGCGCUCGGCGGCUCCGAUGGUGAAGAUGACGCGCUCCAAAACGUUCCAAGCCUACCUGCCCUCCUGCCACCGGACGUACAGCUGCAUCCACUGCCGGGCCCACUUAGCGAACCAUGACGAGCUCAUUUCGAAGUCUUUCCAAGGAAGCCAAGGGCGGGCCUAUCUCUUCAAUUCCGUAGUUAAUGUAGGCUGUGGCCCCGCAGAAGAACGGGUUUUGUUAACGGGACUGCAUGCGGUCGCCGACAUUUACUGUGAAAACUGCAAAACCACGCUGGGCUGGAAAUAUGAACAUGCGUUUGAAAGCAGUCAAAAGUAUAAAGAAGGUAAAUACAUCAUUGAAUUAGCGCACAUGAUCAAGGAUAAUGGCUGGGAUUGAGCCUGGAGGAGACGCAUGCCCGCACUUCGCGCGAGAGAAGGCCACCCGACUGAACAUUUAUCUCCGAGAAUGAGCGAGUGACUGGGAGGAAAGGAAAACAACAACAACAACAACCUGCUUGGUUCCUUGCAUUUUGGGGAGCUUCGUCGCUGCCGCCGUCUUUUCAGACGCUUCCUCGCCCACCUUUCCGCCAUCUUAUCCGGUGACCGGCCUUGAUAACCUUCGUUCUCUGCUUUUGUUACCUGUCUCUGUGAGGCCACCUGUGGUACCCCUCUUCCUUCUCUCUCUCUCUGUCUCUGUCUUCCUCGCUGUGAUUUGUGGAGGGUUUUUGGUUUUUAAAUCACCAAAGCAAAGGAGGAAACCCCAAUGGCUAAACUUAUUUCACAACCAGCGUCUCAGUACAAACCAAAAGUUGAGUUUGAUGACAGCAGUGGGAAGAGAGCUGGGUUUGUUUUUUUUAAAAUCCAAGGCUUGCGGCGGGCCCGUGGGAAAGAGGCCUGGGUUUCGGGAGGCACGAGGUGGGCAGGAACCAUGAACGUGGAGGGGGGGGGAAGGAUGUGCCCCCAGAUGCUCUUUCAAAAUCCUGAUCCACUGUGGCUUGACAUUUGUGGACCGUAAGAAUAUACCUCAUGGCUGUGUUUAUUUUUCUCUCUGUAUCUUGUGAUGGUGACUCCAAACAAUUUGGUCACUAGUGGUUACUCCUUCUUUUUUUUAGUUUUGAAGCGAUCACUUGGGUUUUUUUUUUUCCUGUCUAUGAACCUUCUCGAGAAGACAAGUUUGAACCCUUAGAGCUAGUCAGGCCUCUGCGUUCUUCCUACCCUCGACCCCCACCCUAGUCUCCUGUUUUCUCCGUAAAGGAAUCUACCCAGCGUGUGUUGUGAUCUUAGCAUGGACUUCCCCGACCACUCAUUAGCCCCGUCCUGCGGAGUUGUAAACCCCUCUUUCAGAGAGUAGGUGUUGAAACGCAAAGUGGAGGAGCAGUGGGAAACGGGGGGGGUGGACUCAUCAUUUGGGUGUGUAUGUGCACGCGCGUGUGAUCAUGAAAGGGAGGAGCCGUCAUUCUCUAUAUCGGCACCCGUACCUGGCAUGUGGGCAACUUUCUGGCCCGUUGUAUCAUGUUCAUGACGACCGCCUAGAGAUGGCGUGGGAAUUUUAAAUCUGAUCGUUCGUACUGGUCUCUAGCGUAUGUUUAUGGUUUUUUUACAAGCUUCGCUGACAACCCAGGGACCAGUCUCUGGUAGGGCUGACAUUCUGGAAAGGAUCUGUUCCAAAGCUGGAGGGUUACUCGGCGUGGUGACAAGGGUUUUCUCCCUGCUUGAAAGGAUAAACCCACUUCCUCACACGUUUCCUCCAUUCGGGCCAAACGGACAGGUGGUUUUGGAAGAGCCCCUCUUCGUAAAACAAGGGGCCCGAACGGGGUUCCUGAAAUGCGGACGACUAAAUGACGUCCCCUAGGUGCAGACCUGUCUUAAAAGGUCUGAAUCCCACCGUGUUCUUCUGAAUCCUUCUGGGAUAAAAAGCGGAGAGAGAGAAAAAAAGGGGGGGUUCUGUAUUUACCUGAAGCAUCCUUUUGUAAGAACGGAAAUCGAUGAAAAUCAUGCAUGCGACAGAGGAUCUCGGGGGCCUGCUCUUUGGUCCCCUGUCUCUAACGAACCUGAUACUCCUUGAUGGAUAAACAGGCCCCAUAAACGAGUCCCCAAAAUUUGGUUGGUCCGUACGUUUCCUGUCCGGCUACCUCCAGAGUGUGGCACGAGGCUGAACUGAAAAGCCACCCUUGCUUCGUUCUGUUGGGUGGGCUGAGCGUUUAAGGGAUAGCUUCACAGGCAGUAAAUAUUUCUUGCUGAAUGAAAGAGGCUGAUCAAAUCUUCGCGUUCUCUCCUCUUUCUUCUCGGAUCUAGUCCAAUGAAGGAACGGAGAAAACCUGGGAGCUCCUGGCGGGGAGCAGGGAGGGUCUCUUAAAUUGCCCACCCACCCACUUUGCCUUUCAUGGAGUUUCCAAUCCAAACAUGGUGAACCUUGCGACUCACGGCAGCCCAGCGGGGAGCACAAAGGCUGUGUUGAAUGGAAUUCAUUGUGUGCGUCUCCUUUGAAAAGAAUGAUUUUCCCCCUCUUUCUUUCUGUAGUUCUUUUUUUUUCUUUUUCCCAUACGCACCUCCCGAUUAAUUAAAAAAUCUUUCAUGUGGGGUUCAUCCACUCAACGAAUCUGUUGUAAGCCGGCGAAUACGUACGUCGCGUGUUGGUAAAGCCAGGGAAGAGCAGAACAGCUCCCAGGUGGAGUUCUCCCUCAAAAGUAUAUGUUUCUUUACGGUGGCUUUUAUGUCCUAAUCUAAGUCUCUCUCUCUCUCUUCCUGGGGAGAAGAUGGUACUCAGAUUAGCCGGAAAACAGUGGGAAUUGGAAAAUCCCAGUUAAUUAGAAACUGAUACUUUCCCCCCUCCGCUUUUUCAUUAGAGUUUACUAAUUGAUAAUCUGCGAGAGGGUAAGAUGAGUGCAUCUGGAAUGAUGGUUCCAGAAACCAUCCCAUCACUAUCAAUAACCCAAAGAGGUAGGCUGCUAUUUUCCAGAUACGAAAACAGUGUGAGGAUAUGUACUUGAAAGGAAGUCUAUAAAUGAAGGGCAUCCUUUGUGCACAAAAAUAUUUGCCAUGCACAGUUCUGGGUGCUCUGUGGU